AAGUAUAAACUGGACCCUUGGACCAAAACAGCAUUACAAUCUUGCUUUUACAGAUAGAAGGUAUGUGUAAAGAAUAGAAUGCGUUGCAUCUUUUAAACAGUGUCAAAUAAUAAUGCACUUUAGAUUUGACAUAUGAAGUUUUCAAGAUUUUUAGGUAAAAAGUCCACGUUUCUUAAAAGCAGCAGAAUGGCCCUUUAAGAACGGAGUCGGAAGCACGAAUCGGAAACGAACUUCGCCGUCGUUUAAUAUAAGCGGCUAGUUGCUGUCCAGCUUCCGUUCAACUCAAGACGUUUUGGGUCUAAGUUGUCUGAAGUCUUAGGUGGGAAUCCAUCAUGAUGCGUUACUGGGGUGAGAUCCCCGGACCCUCGGGGGCCCCCCCCAGUCGCAGCUCCUUCGACUUGCUCCAGCGUGAGUUCCGCUCGGUGGAGAUGCAGGACCCUCCCCUCCACCAGCCCUCGGCGCAGCGGCCCCGGCCCACCACCAUGCUGGACGUCCCCUCGGAGCCGUGCAGCCUCACCAUCCACACGGUGCAGCUGUGCCAGCACGCCCGCCGCCUGCGCGCUCUCCUGGCGGUGGCCCAGGCUCAGGGUCAGAGCUCGGCGUCCUGCGAGGGCGGCAGCCGGCCGGAGGAGGCCGAGGCCCAGCUGCCGCUGCGUCCUCCCACCCCACCUGCCAUGCCAGAUGAUCUGCUGCCUGUGGACAGCAAAGACCCUCGCCAGCCCUUUCAGCUUCGCCACAGUGAUCCCGAGAGUGAAUUCUACAAAGGCAAAGGCGAACCGGUGACAGAGCUGAGUUGGCCCUCUUGCCGGCAGCUCCUCUAUCAGUCAGUGGCCACGGUGCUGGCUCAUGCGGGCUUUGAGUCUGCCCAGGAAGGCGUCCUGGAGACCCUGACCGACCUGGUCCACGAACAUUACCUGCGCCUCACCCAGCUGCUGCGGGUGGCGGUGGACCGCGAGGCUCGGCUGGGAGCCACUCCCUUCCCGGACGUGGUGGAGCAGGUGUUCCAUGAGGUGGGCAUCGGCAGCAUGCUGGCCCUCCAGCGCUUCUGGCAAGUGAGGAUCAAGGACUAUCACAGCUACAUGCUGCAGGUCACCAAGGAGCUGACAGAAGAAUAUGAGCGGUUGGUGAAUCCGGAGAAAGCUCUGGAAGACUCCAAACCUCUGAGGAUCAAGGAGGAGCCCAUGAGUGACAUUACCUUCCCUGUCAGCGAGGAGCUCGAGGCCGAUCUGGCCUCUGGAGACCAGGCUUUGCCCAUGGGCGUCCUCGGGGCCCAUGCUGAGAGGCUGGCUACAGGCUUGGAUGGUGACCACUCUCCUCACACUUCAGGCGGCGGCGGUGCCAACAACUCCCCCCUUUGGCCCCAAGUAAAGAUGGAACCGCAGGAUGGCGACGAAGGUCAGGGUGCCGGCCACCAUCACCCUCAUCACCACCACGGCGUCCUGAGCGGAGACGUGUUCGAAGAGGGGGGUCCCAUGUCCACCAUGAGCGAGUCUGGAGGAGCCAUGGCGCCUUCGCCAGGAGGGGCGGCGUCUGAAGGCAGCUACGCUUCGCAUUCACCCGACUCGCUGAUGGGAACGUCGCCCGUUUUUAACCAGAGGCCCAAAAAACGGAUGAAGAAGAUGUAAAUAACUGUAUAAAUGUUUAAAACCCGGAGAAAAUGUUUCUAGGUUUGUCUGCAACCCCCCGCAGACAAAGCAGUGAAACUCAUUAACUCCACAGUGAGGACUGGGUUUUGUAUUUUCCACUUUUUUUUUUCUUUUUUAGCAAUAUUAUCCAGCUUGUCAAAACUAAUUGUUAAAUGUAAUUAUUGGACUUUGUUAAUAAAUGGAAAACAUUUUCUUAAGUA